UUGGAUGAUGUCUGGAUAAAGUCUCUAUUAAGGACUAACCUCUCGCGUUCGUGACGUGCGCAAGCGUCGCGUCGGUUUGAGUAUGCAAAACGAAUGUGAUCUUGCGUUUCCAUCUCCUCCUCCUCCUUCUGGAGCCGAUAAGGAGAGGCGUUUCGUCAUGUGUAAAGAGACAGUUUUACCGCAAUGCUAUUUCAAUAGCUCUCCAGCUCCGCGCAAGAGCCACUGACCCAAGAGGAAAGGGUGGUGCCGCGCACUGGCAUAGUCAAUGCGCGUUUACGCGUUUAUUUGGAGUCGGCUCAGCAGACAAGAAGCGAGCGGAGCAGGUGUGCGCUUUCAGUCUGGAUUCAGACCUCCUCUCUCUCGUCUUUGACUUUGAUGGACUUACGUGCGGCGCGUUAACUGCGGUGGAUGACUCCAUAUGCGUGCUUAUUGCUCAGGGUGAAAGUGUCCUUCUUCAGAACACAUAUCAGUGGAGAUCUUCAUCAUGAAUACAGAUAGCGGAGGACAUGCUCAUAAAAGAGCAUCCCUGUCGCUCACUCUCUGGCCUGUGAAGAGGGUCCAGAGCUCACCCAACCUGUACACUGCUGCAGGUAGUGAUUCCCAGUCAUCAGAUUCAGAUGCCUGGCGUUCACGCAGUGUGUCUGAGGGGUUAAGGAAUGGAGAUGCCAGCAGCGCGUCCUUGACUGCUAAAGGCUUCCGCAGCAUUAAACACAACCUACAGGAUAAGAAAUCUCCCACACCGGUCCCCUUGCCGCCCCCUCGGAGAGAGAGCUAUCACAUGACCCCUAACCCCCCAUCUUACAGUUCCCUUGCAAUGCUGUCAAACACCUCCCUCUCUUCCCCACAGAGUAAUGAUGUAAUUUCCUCAGGCUCUUACACCAUCCAAUCUAGUGCCACCUCCUCAUACUCAUACUCUAAGACCACCCGAACCUCCACUAGCACCUCUGGAGCCCCCCUCGAGGAGCCCCCCUUGUCCCAACAGGCUAAUGCUAACAGUUUUAUCACUCGGGUUCUGGGGAACAAAUUGUCAUCUUCAAAAUUCUCAAGUGACCAAAUAAAUGCAGCACCUAACAAGAUGAAGAUGAUUAAAACUGACCCAAAGUCUAAAACUAAGCCAAAAAGUACAUCUGCUUCCCCACCUCAAGACCCCACUGCUACUUCUGAAACACACGUAGCUUCUCUCUCCAUCCAGUUAGCUCCUCGCAGUCCAGAACCUCAAGCAGAGACCCAGUCAGGGCUUGAGACUAAAUCCAGGACAAACGCAGUGGACCCCGCUGACCCCAUGCGAGCCCCUGCUGUACCACCAAGACCAGCAAGCAGUUUGGUGCGUGAGUUUUCCCCUGUAAGAGGGAGCACCGGGCCGCUGUCUUCUGGACCGCCCUCCCCGGACCCUUCAGCUCGCCGGUCACUGUAUAGCCGGGCCAGUCAGGAUUCCCCUGACUUCCUGUCAGGGCUAUUGCCCAAAGCCCUGUCGCCGACACCCUAUGCCCCUCUGGAACGUUCCGGGCUAAUGUCGGCCUCACCUGUCCCGUCACCAGUAACCGUGUCAGCGCUGAGUCAUUAUUCAUCAUCCACAGCUGGGCUGGAGGAGCUGCAGAUCUGCGGCAUGGACUCCUCCCCCGCAGGCACACCCACCCCAUCCCCCACACUCAGCCACGCCUCCAACGCCCCUGACGAGCUUCCUGCCGCCCCGUCAGCUGCCACGGGCACUAAUGGUCAGAUGGCAGUGAACGGAAGCUCUCAAUCUCAGAGGCCCUUCUCGCCGCCUGUGUACCCACCUCCACCCCCAACCCUCAGCCCAGGCCUGGUAAAGAUCCAGCAGGGUCGAAGUUCAGAGGGUUCAGAGACGGUGAAGAGAGAGACCGUUUUCUCUGGUCAGACAGUGGUCAGUAGCUCUGUGCCCAUCGCUCGUUUCUCAGAGGAAGAGAAGAAGGUGUCCAUCAUAAAAGCGCCCCAUUACGAAGGCAUUGGACCAGUGGAUGAGUCAGGCAUUCCCAUCGCCAUCCGAACGACCGUGGACAGACCCAAGGACUGGUACAAGACCAUGUUCAAACAGAUCCACAUUAUCAGUGUUGAAACUGUUGAUGACGCAGAGGGUCUUUACUGUCAAGAGCAGAUCAACCGCUCCAUUUACUGGGCAGAUGGUUAUGUGCUCGUCUUCUCCAUCACUGACCUCAACAGCUACCGUACCAUCCAGCCUCUCUACCAACAUGUGCGGCGAAUCCAUCCCAACAGUAACAUCCCUGUUAUCAUCAUGGGAAACAAGAACGACCUGCUGCGUGCCCGGCAGGUCCCGGAUCACGAGGAAAAUUACCCUCCUGUCCAUGCCCACCCACCCCCUCGAACGCACACCUACCGGCCUCUCUCUAGAAAUACCUCAGACAUGCCAGACGGUGCCGCCCACCGGGAGCUCUCGCCAUCUCCCGUGCCCCCUCCACCCCCUCCGAUGCUCUCUCUCGUCCAGCUCCGCUCACGAGACAUGGACAGAGAGAAAGAGUUCUCGCACGACCCUCCAUACCUUGAGAUGUUUGAUUUAAACCCAGAUGACAUAGAUUUAGAGAAUGAGCCUUGGUUUAAAUUCUUUUCCGAGUUGGAGUUUGGACGCCCGCCUCCUAAAAAGAGGUUGGAUUAUAAUCCUGACUACUCCACACAUGCUGUGGCACAGUCAUCCCUCUAUCUCUCACCUUCCAAACUACCUGACGGGACUUCAAGUUCUGCAAGUGACUACAGGAAAAGGCGAAAGUCGGAACCAUCUGUCACUCAAGCCAACACAGGAAGUGAGCAGAAUGCCAGUCAAGUAUUUUCCCGCCCACUGGACUCCAAUAAAGCACAGACACUGAAGAAGCCCACCAUACGUUCCUCGCCCUCCUCACCAUCCAGACCCAAAGCUGGAGACGCUAGUGAGUCACUCUCCUCCUGUAUGAGCUCUCCAGGUAUGGAGCGCCCUUCCUCUCGUCUCUCCUCAGACUCCCUCACUAUCUCCACACCAACCUGGCGUGGCUCCAAGCGCUCCAUCUGCUUCAAGAACGGUUGGCAGACAGGCCGACAUGAAGCUGCGGAGACUUGGAGUAGCGUUGACGAUGAAUCUGUCAUCACUCCUUCAUCACCACGGCUCAAAUCACGCAGCUGUGAUGAUUUGUUGUCUGACGGACAUGGUGCUAAUAAUGACGGGAGAGCGUCCGCUUCUGUGACUACCACUCGCUCUGAAAGUGCAGGUUCAUUGCUUGAUGAAGACGCUCCACAGAAGCCUCAAGUAAAAAGUCUUACCUCAUCUCCCAGGGGGCGCCGACAUCACCGGCGUAAGAUGCCACACGAUGCUCCGGGUUUCCUUCAGCUCUACAAGAAAAUGCACCACAUAGACCGAGAGCAGCUAUUGCCCUCAGAGGUGAUUCGUUCUGUACGUGCACGAAUCCUUGAACUGGAACGGCUACAACAACAACAAAGGCACAACCUCCACGGUUGGGCUCCUUUCGGUAAUGAGGUACCACGACACAUGGUCCCAAACCGUAUAUCGGAAUAUGAACAGCUCAUCCAGAAAUCCAAGUCCAUGCCAGACCUUGGUGACGAAAAUGCCCCAUCAGGCACCACCACACCAGGGUCCUCGAGGGCCAGCAGCUGUCCCAAACGACGCUUUUCUGUGGAAUCACUUUUGGAGGAGGAAGAUCCUCCAGAAAGGGCUCAAAGUCCCCCUGAGGGACAGCCAAGACCGGGACCAGACAGCAGUAGCCUGGUGCCAAUUCAUGGGAAGAACCAGAGGCAGCAUCAAGACUACUCAGACAGUGAGCAGGACGCCUGUGCCUCCGAAAUGAGUGACAUCCACAUAGAAGGGUCUUCACUGUGUAGUGAGAGUGACCUGGAUCAUUGCUCACUUACCUCAUCAGAAAGCUUCUUUGGUUCUGGGCGACAUCACCAUCAUGGUCACCAUCAUCAUGGACACCGUUACCACCGCCACCAUCACCUACACCAGAGUGUGGGUCAGAGUCAAGGUUACCAACACCGCCACCUCAUCAGCUCCUGUAAGGGUCGCUGCCCGGCAUCCUAUACACGAUUCACCACCAUGCUAAAACAUGAGCGACAACAGGAAAGGGCUCGGCAGGAGUCCCACCCUGCCGCUACAUCUCCACUAGCCCAACAGUCACCCAGUGAGUCAGGCCUUUCCAAACUGGCCUUCCUGGUCAGCCCUGUGCCUUUCCGCCGGAAACGAGGCUCCCCGCCAACCCAACGGCGACACUGCAGAAGCGGUCGGCCGAAAUCCAAAACCGCAAUUUAUGAGGCUUUAGAUGUCGCUUUGCAGGACAUUUAUGACCACAUAAGGGCGGAAAGGGGGCAGGGACCAGCAAGAAUGCCAGAUGAUAGCAUAUUGCGGCGGUUAUUGGAGGAGUUGCUACCAGACGUGCCCAAGCGUAGCUCCUCCUUGCGGGCUCAGAGAGGGUCCGGCUCCCCCUCCUCGCUCCAUGUCCACCAGCCUUACCAUGGAGCCCACCAAUGUGCCUCCUACCAGCAGCAACACCACCAUACAGACGCCUCCAACAACAACCAGCAUAAUGCUAAUGCUAAUGUGCACUGCUACUCAGAUCAGGGCUCUGAUACAGGACGUCUCACACCACAAAUCAGAAGACCCACGCCAGAAAGAGAGGUAUCCUCUAAGCAGAUGACCUAUCUUAUAUUGUCUUCUCUCCUCCAUCAGAAACAGUCUGCCAGGGCUAUUUAUGAUUUUAAAGCUCAGUCUGCCAAGGAAAUUUCCUUUAAGAAAGGUGAUGCUGUCAACAUCAUCAGACAGAUUGACAGUAACUGGUAUGAGGGGGAACACAGAGGACGGAUUGGGAUUUUCCCCAUCUCUUAUGUCGAGAAGGUGGCGUCUCCAGAGCGGAGGCAGCCUGUCAGGCCUCCUCCUCCGGCUCAGGUUCGAGAGAUGGGAGAGGCAAUAGCACGAUACAACUUCAAUGCUGACACUAACGUGGAGCUUUCUCUUAGAAAGGGGGAGCGAGUGAUCCUUCUAAGGAAGGUGGAUCAGAAUUGGUAUGAAGGAAAGAUUCCUGGUUCAAACAAGCAGGGCAUUUUCCCAGUGUCCUAUGUCGAUGUGAUCAAGGGCUCUCCUUCCAAGAGCCCCAGUCACCAAGGAGACACGCACACAUAUAGGGCACAUAAGAAAAUGAUGCAGGAUUCUCAGCAUUCAGGUGGUGACCCCUUCCAAGCUGUGUACAACUAUGUGUCUCGUAAUGGGGAUGAGCUGGAGCUGAAGGAGGGGGACGUUAUUGAUGUUAUCGAGAAAUGUGAUGAUGGCUGGUUUGUGGGUACCUCUCGGAGAACCAGGUUAUUUGGAACGUUCCCAGGAAACUAUGUUAAACCGCUUUAACAAAAAGGAAAAAAUGGCACAAAUAUGGCCACUCCAGUGCCUACUGUGUAGGGCCAACAAGGCACUUCACCUUUGAGAAAGUGUGUGUGUCCAUAUGUGUGAGUGUGUUCACAACCACAACCGUUUUAGCUCUGUCAUGUCCACACAGACAAACCACUGAAGUUUAUUUCACUUUGAGCUCUUUGUUUUUGUGCCAUCACAGAGUCUCCUUGCUGUUCCUUCAUCUGCUAUUCUGACAACAGCACAUUCAUUAAUAUUUUUCCUGUUAUAUUGACAUUUUGUUAUUUUCCAGGAUGCACUAGAUCAGUGUUAGUAUGGUGAGGAUUCAGGCAGUAGAUCAGUAUAAAUGGUAGACACCUGGAAAAGUGUGUCUGAGAAGAAACCUCAGGCAUCAGUGUUCAACUGAGUGUGUGUAUGUGUGUGUGUGAGUAUUGUGUAUUAAACAGUACAAAGUUAAUAGCAAUAGAGACCACUGGUUAUUGAUGAGGAUGGAUAGUUUUAUUAAAAUGAGCUAAAGGUGAAAUCAUGGACAGUUAUGAAAUUGCUCAUUCCCCUUGUGUGUGGCCAAAAUAAAUAAGUGAUAAGAACAGAUGUGUUUUAAAAAAUUGUAUAGGUAACAAUACUUUAGCCAUACAGAAUUACAAAAUAACUGUCAUGGAGCAAUUUUGCUAUUGUUGAAGUGGCAAUCAUUCAUAUAGGAUAACGUUCGUAUAAUAAUCAGUGCAUAUUUGUAUAAGUUGUCUUCAAAAGAAAGUGCAUUGACAUUCUGGAAAGUAAAGAUGCUUUUAUGGAAUUUGGUAACAAAUAUUUGAUUAGUGAACUUUUUUCUAAUGUUUACUUGCGAAUUUUAUGAACGGACUGAGUUUUAGAAUUGUAAAGCAGGUGUCAUUGAACCACCUGACGUUAAUACAGUAAAA